AUGGGGGCGUUUUGGAGAUACUCUCUCGCUUCUCUGGCCCUUGUGCAGACAACUCUGGCCGACAACAUAUACUGGGCCAAUUAUGUGAACUGCCCACAGGCGUGUAGCGCCAGCGGCCCAAUAUCCAGCAACUGGACACACUAUCAUGCGGUCAGCGAUCUUGAGUGGUGCCAGAAACCCAUGCUGUUCGACAUGGGACUGCAAACGCCUGUUGACCAAGCCGAUGCCCACAUCACCAUCAGAGCCUGCACGGUUUCUGACUUUGGCCCCGUGGCUGUACGAAAUCCGGGUCUUCUUUCAAGGCAAGAGACCUUUGACAAUGAAACGAAGCCAGCAGCCAUCAGCAACUCUUCGCAAACUACCACCUGCGGAACGCCGGGAUCAUCGCCUGAGCGCAGCUCCCUGGAUGUCCGUCUCAGCUGGGGAGGCUCUGCCGACCGCGAUGGCAAUGACGCCGUGUUGGCUACCGAAAACCUGAUUCAAAACCUAGAAAAAGGGGUGUCCGGCUGCGCGGAGCCUACCAUUUUGUUUGCAAAGUCUGGAAAGACCAUUGUCGGACUAUACGUUGGUUCCCAAAUCGACACGUCCAGCGCUGCCAGCAUCAUGCACGACCAAUUCGCUUCCAGGGCCAAAGCCGACAAGGUCCCCAACCGCAUCGGGGCUCAGAUCUGCGGGGAGAGACCUAUCAGCUCGCAGACCUUUGGUAUAUACGCUGAUAUCAAGGGCAAUGUCACGGCGGUCCAGGACGUCGUUCGGGGCUGGAGCGAGGGCAGAUGCCUUGCCGAAUACGACCAGGAGGAAGUUAUGAAGAGCACAUCUGUCGGCAUCACUUCAGCACUGAUGGAUGAGAGUAGUCUCGUCAGCAGCAGCGGCGGCGGCGGCGGUGCUGAGAGAAGAGAGCUUCAUGCUCGCGCCACGUGCAAAUUCGCGCAAGCUGACCCCGGCGACGGCUGCUGGGCGCUCGAACAAAAGUGCAAGAUCUCCCGAUCGGACCUGAUCAAGUACAACGGGGGCAAGUCCGAUUUUUGCGACACGGUGAAGUCCGGACAGUAUGUGUGUUGCGGCAGCGGCGACCUGCCCGACUUCUCGCCGCAGCCGGACGCGGACGGAAACUGUAAGGCCUAUACGGUACAGCUAAAGGACCUCUGCGGCACCAUCGCGGCGGCAAACCAGAUCUCCAACUGGACCAAGCUCGAGGAGGUCAACAAGGACUCCUGGGGCUGGACCGGCUGCGCGAACCUGCAGCCGGGCCAGAACAUAUGCCUCAGCAAGGGCAAGCCGCCCAUGCCUAACCCCAUCGUCGGCGCCACGUGCGGGCCUCAGGUUCCGGGGACCCAGAUGCCCACCAACGGCACGAAGCUGGCCGACCUGAACCCGUGCCCACUCAACGUGUGCUGCAACAUCUGGGGCAACUGCGGCCUCAGUGACGACUUUUGUAUCGAGUCGCCCGCCGACUCGGGGGCGCCGGGGGCGGCCAAGCCCGGCAGCAACGGGUGCAUCUCCAACUGCGGGUCCGAGAUUGUGCACUCGGACAAGGGGCCGGACAAGUUCCGCGUCGUCGGCUACUUCGAGUCGUGGAACCAGGACCGCGAGUGCCUGCACAUGGACGUUUCCAAGCUGCCCGAGGUGACGCCCAUCGGCUGGAGCUUCACGGGCUACACCCACAUCCACUUUGCCUUCCCCGACAUCACGCCGCAGCUGACGGUCGACGUCAGCAAGGUUCAAGACCAGUUUGACGGCUUCAAGAAGCUGAACUACGGCGCCAAGAAGAUUGUCUCGUUUGGCGGCUGGGCCUUUAGCAAUGACGCACCCACUUACGCCGUCUUCCGAACCAUGGUGUCCUCCGAAGUCAACCGGCAGAAGGCGGCGCGGAAUAUCAUCCGCUUCGUGACCGAUAACAAUCUUGACGGUGUUGAUUUCGACUGGGAAUACCCUGGUGCCACUGACAUCGACGGCACGCCAGGAGGCUCGCCCGACGAGGGAGAGAACUACCUCAAAUUCCUGAAGACGGUCCGCAACUCGCUGCCGCAGGGCAAGUCGCUGUCCAUCGCUGCGCCGAGCUCGUUCUGGUACCUCAGGAACUUUCCCAUCAAGGCCAUGUCGGAGAUCCUCGACUACAUCAUCUACAUGACUUACGACCUCCACGGGCAAUGGGACGUCGGUAACAAAUGGGCUAACCCGGGUUGUCCGACUGGAAACUGCCUGCGGCACCACGUCAACGAGACCGAGGUGAACCUCUCGCUCUCCAUGGUGACCAAAGCCGGCGUCCCAUCUAACAAGGUCGUGGUCGGGAUGCCGCUGUAUGGGCGCAGCUUCAAGAUGGCCGAGAAGGGGUGCACAGGUCCGGACUGUACCUUCUUGGGAGACCGCCUUAACUCGCAAGCGGCUAAGGGAGUCUGCACCGACACAGCGGGCUACAUUUCCAACGUUGAGAUACGCGGCAUCCAGAACAGCAACAGCAACACGGACCUAUACGGUGAGCGGAGUGUCAAGGAGUACCAAGACGAGGGCGACAUUAUCGUAUAUGACGACACCGAGUGGGUAUCGUGGCUCAAGCCUACAAAUUAUCUCUUGCGCGCUGCCGGAUACCUAGGCGGCAAUUUUGGCGGUACAUCCGACUGGGCCAUUGACCUGGAGUUCGACUUCAAGGACGGCGGCAAGGGUGACGAUCAUGAGCCGGAGACCGGACAAGACAAGGCCGCCUGCGAUUACAGUCGUACCUUCAAGGACCUCGACGACCUCAAGAACAACGCCGGCGGCCUAAGCCUCUUCUGCCGCCAGAUCUAUGCCCUCGAGACCCUGGACAAGAUGCUCGGUGACCUCUACGAAGAGUACAAGCGCAUCGACAAUGGCUACGAUACCAAGUUCCAGGCCUACACCCGCUACAUUGACCGCAUCACGCCGUACGCGAUUAAGAACUACAUGUCGAAGGGAAUGGAAUUCUUCGACUGCCUUAGGGAUCCAGAGCUCAUGCUCCCCGAGACGCGGCAUUGUCUGGACUUUAGCGAGGACGAGCGCAGCCAGGGAUCGUUUGACAUGACGCUGACGCUGCGUGACCGCGAGGGCUACUUCACAGGCCUGCUCAAGGAGACGGGCGUUAUCGAAGAGUGGGUCAACUUCAACGGGCACGAGCGCGACAUCGGGUACUGCAACGUCGAAGGGGUGGGCAUAUGCCCGCCGGACACUGGGGUUCGCGACUGGUUUGGGCUGCCGCAGAAGAACGACAAGAUCGAGGUGUCAGACCCUAAGGACAUUGUGACCGAAGGCCUUGGCAAUAUCGACGAGAUCCGUCACAACCUGUUGACAACGCGGCUUGAGAUCAUGCUGGGCGUGUGGGACGGCUCCGUCGACGACGUGGUCCAGGUGCUGUCGGUGCCCGUCUUCAUGCUGGGCGAGGCCGUUGAGGGCAUGCGCGAGGCCAAGGAGCUGGGCGAAGACCAGGAGGACUGGGAGGAGGAGCAGGCGCGCGAAAAGGCCAAGCAGCUGAUCCUGACCAUCGUCGGCGCCGUACUCUUCGUGGUGCCCUUUGUCGGGGAGGUCGGCGCCGUACUGGCGGGCGCCGCGACGCUGGCGCGCAUCGCUCUCAUCGCCGGUGAGACGGCCAACCUCGCCUUCGGCAUCUACGGUAUGGUCGACGACCCGGAUUCGGCGCUCAUGGGCGUCCUCGGCAUGAUGUUUGGUCUCGGCGGCAUCACCAAGGUUGGCCGCAACCCCAAGGGCUUCAAGGACAUGGCCGCCAAGCGCGCCAACCUGCGCACCAGCGGCGGCGUCAGCAAGAUCGGGGGCAACUUCCAGAAGUGGGACGAUGCGCUCCAGGAUAUCGUUCAAGCGUGCCGGAAGUAA